GAUGGAGGCGUCGUGCCUGGAGCUGGCRCUGGAAGGGGAGCGCCUCUGCAAGGCUGGCGACUUCCAAGCCGGGGCCGCCUUCUUUGAAGCAGCCGUGCAGGUGGGCACCGAGGACCUGAAGACUCUCAGUGCCAUCUACAGCCAGCUGGGCAAUGCCUAUUUCUACCUAAAGGAGUAUUCCAAGGCCCUCGAGUACCACAAACAYGACCUUACCCUGGCUAGGACCAUUGGGGACCGCAUUGGAGAAGCCAAGGCAAGCGGCAACCUCGGGAACACGCUGAAAAUACUCGGGCAGUUUGAUGAAGCUGUCGUCUGCUGCCAGAGACACUUGGACAUUUCCCAGGAGCAGGGAGACAAGGUAGGUGAAGCCAGAGCACUCUAUAAUAUAGGCAAUGUUUACCAUGCAAAGGGAAAGCACUUAUCAUGGAACAUGGCCCAGGACCCAGGCUACCUGCYUCCAGAAGUCAAGGAGACGCUGCAGAAAGCUUCAGAAUAUUACGAGAGGAACCUGUCCCUGGUGAAGGAGCUGGGGGACCGAGCGGCCCAGGGCCGCGCGUACGGCAACCUCGGCAACACCCAGUACUUGCUUGGCAACUUCAGCGAGGCCAUAGCCUUCCACAAGGAGCGCCUCGCUAUCGCCAAGGAGUUCGGRGACAAGGCGGCGGAGCGGCGCGCGUACAGCAACCUGGGCAACGCGCACAUCUUCCUCGCGAGGUUCGACAUCUCCGCCGAGUACUACAAGAAAACGCUGCAGCUCUCCAGGCAACUCAAAGACCAAGCGGUGGAAGCCCAGGCCUGCUACAGUCUUGGGAACACGUACACGCUGCUUCAAGACUAUGAAAGAGCAAUCGAGUACCACCUAAAGCACCUGGUGAUAGCACAGGAGCUGGGAGACAGGGUGGGAGAAGGAAGGGCCUGCUGGAGUCUCGGAAAUGCCUACGUCUCCCUGGGGAGCCAUGAGCAAGCCCUGCACUUUGCAAGGAAACAUCUUGAAAUCUCCCAAGAGAUCGGGGACAGGAGCGGGGAGCGGACGGCGCAGGCGAGCGUGGCCCAGCUCCGCUCGGCCCUGGGCCUGCGUGCCGGCGACGAGGAGGGCGCCGCGGCCCGGCGCUCCGCCGGCUACCACGCGCAAGGGGCCAGGCCGAAGAGGAGCCAGCGCUGCAGCAUGGACAGCCUGGACCUGCUGCACUUCCCCUCAGAAAAGGAGCAGAACGGUGACAGCCACCACAUGGGAGACCUGAAGAUCGCAGGAAAAGAGCUCCUGUCGUUACCCGUGCGCUCCAAGAAAUACCGGGAGCACCAGCCCGGCGCCGAAAGAAGGGGCCUGGGCUCGAGUCCGUCGGCGCUGGACGCGAGCGAGGUCCGAGUCCAAGUGGCGCAGUCGAAGAUCAGCCGCAGCCCCUCCGACGAGGAAUGCUUCUUUGACCUGCUCAGCAAGUUCCAGAGCAACCGCAUGGACGACCAGCGCUGCCCGCUGGAGGAGAGCGCGGCCGAGGCCGCCGAGGCCGCCGCCACCCCCGUGCUGGCCCUCGAGGAGCGGAUAACGCAGCCCUCGCUCGUGGCGUCCCCGCAGACCGAGGAGUUCUUUGAUCUCAUCGCCAGCUCGCAGAGCCGGCGGCUGGACGACCAGCGCGCCAGCGUGGGCAACCUGCCGGGCCUGCGCAUAACGCACAACAACCUGGGGCACCUGCGCGUCGAGGGGGACGCCCAGGAGCCGGGCGAUGAGUUCUUCAACAUGCUCAUGAAGUGCCAGUCCUCCAGGAUAGACGACCAGCGCUGCGCGCCGCCCGACUCCAUCCCCCGCGGCCCCACCAUGCCCGAUGAGGACUUCUUCAGCCUCAUCCAGCGCAUCCAGGCCAAGCGCAUGGACGAGCAGCGCGUGGACUUGGCCUCGGCCACGGAGGAGGCCGCAGAGGAGCAGCAGAGGCCCAGUUCCAGCUAAGAACUCGCGUUGCAUUUGGGGGGUUUGCUUUGCCUUUGUUUUGGUUUGUUUUUUUAAAAGAGAAUAAGCGUAGGUGGUUUCAAACCUGAGCACUCCUGCUCCGCCACGGGCCGCCCCUCGGCGCUGCUUGUGGAGCCUCUGCCCCCAAGGCUGGGGCUGGCUCUGAAACACAGGUUUUGUUUUAGUUCACGUGGCCACCCUAACCCUGGGCAAAGCACAAGGGAAGACUUUGGGCAGCCCCUUUGCUUGUCACCUACAAGUGACCAGGAACUUGUGCUGGCAGCCAAAGAGAGAACCCAGAGUGCAUAGAUAACUCCAGCCUUGAUGUCUUUGUAUUUCCACAACACUUUAAAUGCAAUGGGGAAAGGGAAAAGCACCUUCGUGUUGGAGUCCUCCUGUCCUGCCUGCAGCGUGAGGUGACACAAACUGCCUUGGAUCCUUCCCUGGAACAUCCUGCUCGACUCUGCUUUAUCUGGAGGAGGAAACGAGUCCACAUCAGCGGCUACACAGACUCUUUUAGAACCUCAGCCCAGCUGCAGCCACGUCCCCCUGCUCUAUUAAACCUGUUCUGGACUUGCUGAGGACUCUGUGGUGAGAGCCUUGUGCUGUCCCCUCACUUCCCAGCCACGGGCCUGUGCAGAGUUGGACUAGGACCUUCCCACCAGGAACCCAGGCUCUCCUGCUCCUAGUUUCUAGUGCCCGGAGCAUUUGGAGACUUCAAAAGAAGCCUGAAAGGCCCCUGAGCUGUUAGAGAGCAGCACCCCUCUCUGACCCUGGCUUGUCACAAGCACAAGCAGAGCCACCACCACCCGCUUUGCGCCCUGCCCCAGGGGGGACAAAGCAGCCCCUUCCUUCCCUCGUUUCUCCUGGAAACAAUCCCGAUCCUUGCGUGCCGGGAGGGCUGCUCCGGGCAAGGCCCUUGGCCCAGCACCCCAUUUCAGCAAGACAAGGAGCCCCUAGGAGCCCCAAGCUGGGGUGUUAGCUGGGAAGCUGGUUCUGCUCUGCACACAGGAGCAAGGAUCUACACUUAUUUUCAUUCCUUCUUUUUUGGAAAAGGGGGCUGGGUAAGGCUGGAGAGGAGGGGAGCGCUUGUUUUGUGAUUUGACUCUUGGGCUCCAACAAUGAGCUCUGCCAAACUCAAUACAUUCCUCUAGAGAAAAAGAUUUUGAACAAAUCAGCACUUUCUAACUGAAAUGCAGUUAACAGAAGCAUUUCCAACCAGCAGUGAGAUUUUCAGACCAGUGAUGCUGCUUACUGGGCACUUAACCCACCUGAACUAACUGCCUGGAGGGGGAGCUGCCUUUUACCUGCCCCAGGGAGGCUCUGCAGGGCCUGGACACACAGGAGGAGCUGUCCGGCCCGUACCUGCCAAGCUGMCGCUUCCAAAGGGGAGGAAAAGGCUGGAGAUGAAGACACGGAGCAGCGGCAGGCGCAAGUCUGUGCAGCUCUCGGCCRGCUGAUGAACUGGAAUCUGACCGUUAAGCUUUCAGAGGUGUUAAUUAUUUGCCAUAUACUUGAAUGUAUGAGCUUAUUUAUUUUUUACAUGUGUAUU